AUGCGGUCCCAUUUCAGGGUCUUACGGCAGGGCCAGGUGUUUAUCCCUUUAACGGUACUGAAGGAUCCUGUGUUGAAACCAUGGGGCCCAUAUCCACUGAUUGCCAACGAAAAGGAUCCUGUACUAAUCGUCACUCUGCCAACGUACGACUAUAUUGUGGUGUUUCCUGACGUCAAUGUGGAAUUUCAAAGUGUCAAACAAGAUCCAUCAAUGCUGGACAGCGAAACGCAGGAAUAUCUCAUGGACCUGGUCGAGGCGGCUUUAUUUAGGUUAACACCAGAUGAGCAGGAAAUGCUGUGGCAGAAGCGUUCAUAUCUGAUGCAUCUACCGGAAGCGCUACCUCUGGUGUUGGCUUCUGUUCCCGAUUGGGGCUUCUAUUUUCUUUCGAAUGUUUACCAGAUUAUUGAGGGUUGGGUUCCCCUGUCACCAGUUCAGGCCAUGCAACUCCUGCUACCGCAGUAA